CAUCCUCGGCGUCAUCGUCACUUUGUAUCGUCGUCCACCUUUUAAAACCCCCUCUAAAGUCUCCGAGAACACCUUCUCUCUAAACACAACCCACACUCCAAACAAAAUCCUCUCUGUGUCUCUCUGUAAUCUGAUUCGAUAUGGGUUUUAGUAAAGAAGAGAUUAGCAAAAGCAGAAGGUUUUGGUCAUCUCUAUGGAGAGGGAUCAAAACUGUAUUCGUUUUGUUCACAAUGUUCCUCUCUUUUAUCAUUGUCUCUGCUCCCAUCUUCCUCGCCGUCGCCGACGCUCUCCUCCCUUCCGCCCUCCUUCACCGUCUCUCCUCGCCGGCGAAUCUCUCUUCUCAUCUCACCAACUACGAUUUCCGUCACUCCCUCAUCGAUAUUCCUUUAAUCUCCAUCAUUAGAUCCGCCGUUAUACUCUGUGUUUACGGACUUUGCGACGGACCCAAACUAUCGAGAGGACCGUAUCUGACAAUAACGAUGAUCUGCUCAGUUUCUUCUCUGAUCUACGUUUCGUUAAAAGCGGCGUUCGUGUUCGGCGAGCCGGCGAUCGGAGACGGCGGAGGUAACUACUGCAGAGCGGCGGAAGUGGCUCUGUUCCUCUGCUCAACGGUUUUAGCCAUCGGUCAUAUCGUUGUGGCUUAUCGAACAAGCUGUAGAGAGAGAAGAAAGCUCCUCGUCUUCAAAAUCGACAUAGAAGCCAAAGAUCCAAAGGGCUUGUCUGUGAAAGGCGGGAGGAACAGAUAAGGAGUGGGGCUUAUAUAACCUAAUGACUUUUUUUUAUGUAAGACAACUCCAGUGAAUUGGCAUUUGGUAGCUUUAAUAUUAGAUUAGUUUAGGAGUAAUAUAGUUUUUUUAUUUUCUAACUAACCUAGAUAUCAUAGCAUGAUAUCAAAGCCAAAGGCAUCUUUUUUUUAAUUUUCCCUCUUCGUUUCGUAUUUUUUUUUGUCUUUUUUAUUUCAUCUGAUUCCAAGGACCAAGAAAGUUUGCUUUACAACACAUAUUGGUCAUCAAAAAAAGGCCCCAAUACAGAGGACACCAAAGGCACUUAUAACUAGAUUCAUUCUACCAAAUAAAAAAACCAGCCAAACAUAGCAUUUCAAAGAGACUUGUGAGUAAAGCAUAUGCCCGCGUUGGCUUCGCCAUCUUAUAGAACACAUUGCACGUAGCAGUGGGUGAAUAUACUUUGACAUCUUUCGCUCUUGGGAAUAAGACAUUACCAACUGUAGUCUGUAGUCCAAUGCAUGUGUAAGAAGGCCGCAUAGAAGCCAUCAUAACAAUGUGCUUUAUGAAUGGAGCGAUAACAAAUACGACUUCUUUAAUUUCGUUAGCCUCCGUGAUAGAUAUGAGCCAGUUCAUUCAUAUAUGUUGAGAUACAAGGCUCAUGUACCUCUUGGAGAAGCCGAAAAUCAUCAUAGAGACAUAGAGUGAGAGAACAGUAUUUAUGUCUUGUAAGUUGUAAAUAAUCUUUGGAUGAUCCUUGAGAAAUGAUAUUGCACCA